AUGCGUGAAAUUGUACAUCUGCAAAUUGGACAAUGUGGCAACCAAAUCGGCUCAAAGUUUUGGGAAGUAAUCAGCGAGGAACAUGGAAUCGGAAAGACUGGUAUCUAUGAGGGUGACAGUCCAGUCCAACUGGACAGAGUCAAUGUCUACUUCAAUGAGGCGCACGGUGGUAAAUAUGUGCCUCGCUCCCUGCUGGUUGACCUGGAGCCUGGGACCAUGGACAGCAUCAAGGGGAGUCAAAUUGGUGCGCUCUUUAGGCCAGACAACUUCAUCCAUGGCAACUCAGGUGCUGGCAAUAACUGGGCGAAGGGCCACUACACAGAAGGGGCGGAGCUGAUAGAACAAGUGAUGGACCGGGUUAGGAACGAGAGCGAGAGCUGUGACUGCCUGCAAGGGUUCCAACUGAUUCACUCCCUGGGGGGCGGCACGGGCUCCGGCAUGGGGACCCUGAUGAUCAACAAAAUCCGAGAGGAGUACCCCGACCGGAUCAUGACCAGUUUCAGCAUCAUGCCCUCUCCGAAGGUCUCUGACACGGUAGUGGAGCCAUACAACGCCACGCUAUCGGUGCACCAGCUCCUGGAGAGCACAGACGAGACCUUUUGCAUUGACAACGAAGCUCUGUACGACAUUUGCUUCCGCACGCUCAAACUCACCACACCCACUUACGGGGACCUCAACCACUUGGUGUCCUUGACUAUGAGUGGGGUCACCACCUCCCUGAGAUUCCCCGGUCAGCUCAAUGCUGACCUGAGGAAGCUGGCGGUCAACAUGGUGCCGUUUCCCCGCCUCCACUUCUUCAUGCCAGGUUUUGCCCCGUUGACGGCGCGUGGUAGUCAACAGUACCGCGCCUUGACCGUACCUGAGCUCACCCAGCAGAUGUUUGACGCCCGCAACAUGAUGACGGCCUGCGACCCCAGAAGGGGCCGCUACCUCACCGUCGCAGGUAUCUUCCGUGGAAGGAUGUCCACCAAGCAGGUAGAUGAGCAAAUGUUGGCCAUCCAGCAGAAGAACAGCAACCAUUUUGUGGACUGGAUCCCACACAACGUCAAGGUCGCUGUUUGUGAUAUCCCACCUCGAGGUCUCAAACUGGCCUCCACAUUCAUAGGCAACAACACGGCUAUUCAGGAGAUAUUCCGCCGAGUUGGCGAUCAAUUCGCGCUGAUGUUCAGACGCAAAGCCUUUCUCCACUGGUACACGGGCGAGGGCAUGGACGAGUUGGAGUUCACAGAGGCUGAGGGCAACCUAAACGACCUUGUGUCCGAGUACCAGCAAUACCAAGACGCCACUGCCGACAUAGAGUCCGAAUUGGAGGAUGAAGAUGAGCAGGAGCCACCCACGAUGUCUAUGGCCACAAGAAUCCAGUCUAGAACUGAAGUUAAAAUGGAAACAGUGAGAGAAACGAGUAGAGAAACUGUGGAUGAGGACACAACUUGA